AUGGCAAGCGACGACAGCAUGAAAUGUGCGGAAGGGGGCAUGAACCAAAGUGCACCGGUGCCAGUGCCCAGCGCCCCAGGGCAUGCAAGGACAGGGUCAGUUGGGAGCAGGGAAGAUGGCCCUCCAUCAGCCCGCCAGUCUGGCGAUCAGGAUGCUGCCUCAGCUCAUGGCUCUCACUCAGGCUCUGUUCAUUCAGAGCCACAGUCUGUUGGAUCGAAUGCUUCCAACUCUCGUCGCAAGUUCUGGACGUGGAAAGAUGUCUUUGGACCCAAGAAGACCAGUGACAGUGGCUCAGCAACCAAGUCAGAUACGGCAACCAAAUCUGAAGGUGCUGCAGAUGAUGUGGCAGUAGAGUCUGCACCAGCUGCACCUUCAGCCUCCCAGACUACUGGAGCGGCUGUGCCUGCACAAGCAGUGGUGCCUGCAGGAAACCUUGAGCUUGAUGGUGCUGGCCCCAAAGGCCCUGAGCCUUGGGACGAAGCUGUGUCUCCCGCUGUUGCGGCUGCCCUUAAGGCUGCUGCAUCUCCCCCCACUGGGGGCGCCUCUGGUGCCGGCCCUCCAGGAGAGGUGGAUGCUUUGGACGAAGCAGAUGACCUGGAUGCUGGGGAUGAGGGGAUAGAUGGCAGUGAUGAGGGAAUGGAUGGAAUCGAUGAUGCAACGCCUAAUCCUGUGGAACCAAGGGUGGAGGCUCCAAGGGGGAUGCCUUCACUCCCGAAGAGGCCCCCAGCAGCUAGCAGCAGGUCUGCCCGUCCAGCAGGCAUGGGUGGGGGCCUGCCCCUGCGGCCUGCUGCUGCGAGGCCUUCAGGGCUGGGGCCUGGGCUGCCAGGUCGACCUGGAACAGGGGCCCUGAGCCCUCCUACAGUUGGGAGUCGUGGGGUGGAGGUGGUUCCAGAGGAGCCACCUGCUGUGCGGGCGGUGAGGGAAAAGCUGCUGCAGAUCCGACUGACGAUGCUCAGGGCUGUGUCCAGGCUAGGGAUGAGGCCAGGGGACAUCCUUGUGCAGGAGUUCAUGAAUAGAGUCGACACUGCAGAGAGGGUCAGGUACUCCAGGGCACCUGUGCGGCCGUCCAUAGAGCAUUUGUUCCAGCAGGCUCUUGAUCUGGAACAAGAGCAAGGUGCAAACUCGGACUUGGGUCACAGCGCGACAGUGCUUGUCCUUGGCCCCACUGCUGUAGGCAAGACGUCGAUGAUCCAAAACAUCCUGGCAGAAGGCCCAGAGCUUGCACCUGAGUUUGCCACAAACCCCACAAAGGGCAUUACCACGAUGACAGGGCAAGUCUGUGGCCUGAAGAUGACCUUCAUCGACACUCCAGGUCUGAGGAUGGCUGCAUCAAAGCGUCGCCAGAGCAUGGUGUAUCUGAGGAAAGUAAAGGCGGCUGUGAACAGAUACAAGCCACAGAUCGUCAUCUAUGUGGACCGCAUGGACAUAUUCCGCCGAGAAUUUAGUGACCUUCCCCUGCUUCGGCUGAUCAAUGAUAUGCUCCCCAACAUGCUGUACAGCUGCAUAGCCAUUCUCACACAUGCCAAUGCACCGCCACCGGAUGGCACACACGGAGAGAUGCCCUACAAUGAGUACUACCGCAUGAGGCUGGAUGCAGCAAGCCAGAUCAUCAGCCAUGGGAUUCAGGACAUGAGAUGGGGUGGGAGACCUCUUGGUUUUGAAAACCACCCUGGCUGCCGGACAAACGAGGGUGUGCCAAUGCUACCCAAUGGGAUGCCUUUCAAGAGGAAUACCAUCGGCCAAAUAAUUACAAGCAGGUUGUUCAGGGAAGUGGAGAGCAUUGUGCAGAUCAAUCGAUCUGGCAGACCACCUCCCAUUCAGCAGAUGAUCAACUUCAUUGGGCCGAGGAAGCAGCUCCAGUUGUCUGCCUUGGUUGCUCAACUGCUGCAAUCCAAGGCACCAAAGAAAUUCCCUGAGGAGGAGAGGGACCUGAAGUCAGAGAGUGAACUCCAGCUCAUGGAUGAGAGGACCCGAAUGAUGGAAGAACAGAAGAGGAGAGACUAUGUUCGAUUGCGAAGAGUGGAGGUACUGCAGGAGGAAGCUCAUCCUUCUCAGGUGCCGAUAGUCGGGCAGAAGAUGGAUCUUAAUCCAUCAUUCGAUCACGAUGUGAAUAGCCACCGCUACAAUGCCACAGACUUUGUGGGUGGAUGGUCAGUGCGACCUAUAAUAUCGCAGCAGGAUGCCACCUAUGACCAUGAUGAAGGGAUCGAAAUGUUUCAAGUCGCACGAGAGGGCGUCGUGAGGCCAAAGGGGCAGCACAUUGGAGGCUUUCCAUCAUCUAUGAUCAUCCAG